GGCCCUGCCCCCAGAGAAGUCGCCGCGACAGCCAUGGGUCCCGGCUGGUCGCCUGCGCGGCGGUUGUGGCCGCUGCUGUGGCGCACGGUGGUCUCGCAGCGAGCGGACCCCGCGGCGUCUUCGGUUCUCCGGCUUCCUCGGCUGGCAGAGCAAUGGCUUUCGGCGGGGCCGGCGGCCUGCCCGACCCCGAGUCCAGCGCGCGGCCUGCACCGUGGACCUCAGCCGCAGGAGCGACCCGAUGGCGAGGCUCGGCUGCAGCCGGGAGCCGCAGAUCGCAUUGGCUCCAAGUUUGACAUCGAUAUGCUGGUUUCACUUCUGAGGCAAGAAAAUGCAAGAGACAUUUGUGUGAUCAAGGUUCCUCCAGAAAUGAAAUACGCAGACUACUUUGUAAUUGGUAGUGGGACUUCCAGCCGGCACUUACAUGCUAUGGCCUACUACAUUGUGAAGAUGUAUAAACACCUGAAAUGUAGAAGUGACCCUUAUGUCAAAAUUGAAGGGAAGGACACUGAUGACUGGCUGUGUGUGGAUUUUGGCAGUAUGGUGAUCCAUUUGAUGCUUCCAGGAACCAGAGAAACCUAUGAAUUAGAGAAAUUAUGGACUCUACGUUCUUUUGAUGACCAGUUAGCUCAGAUGGAAGCUGAAACGUUACCUGAAGACUUCAUUCUUGGACUAGAAGAUGACGCCUCAUCCCCGACUCCAGUGGAGUUCAAACGUGAAUGAAAGCAAUGCCUUUCAUCCUUAGACGUGAGCCAUCUGCAAGUGCAGGUCCUGCCCUGUUUGCUCGGCCACUCAAGUUCUGUCUACCUCUUGGGCACUCAUGCUGAUGGCAGCUGUGCAGAGACUAGAGAUAAAUUAGCUCACAGACCAAGAACCAGGAAUUCAGUCCCAGUUUUUCAGCAUACUGCCUUUACUUUUGAGAUCAUAUCAGAAUUACUAGCACUGAUCCCCCAAUAUUAACUCAAGUUCUCUGCUCAGAUUAUUAAAUUUGUUUAAAU